AUGAAGGAAGCCAUUCGUAAAUUUGGUUUGGAGUAUUGUGAGCUACCGGACAUGUUGUCGAAUGUAUCCACCAUGCUGAGAACCCUGACUCUUAACGUGGACAGCAGGAAUAAGACACCAAUUCUAACUAUAUUUUACAUUUCAAUGGUAAUUAUGAGCAUUGACUACAUCUACGUGUAUGUGCUCUCUGGAGCCUGGUUUUCACUCUGGCGCUGUGUCAAGACUGGUGAGCUGGGUCCCGCUAUGAUCGCUUUCUCCCUCAUGAGCACCAGCGCUGUUCCUUUCAUUAAGCUGCUCUAUAUGAUUUUUUAUGAGGCAAAGUUCAAGAAUUUAAUAGACAGAUACAUUGCUUGUGAUUCCCGGACAGUAAAAGGCAGUAGGUUUUCAAAAAACUUGAGUAAAGCUCUCAGGAAUGUGAAGAAGCGAGGGAUUUUUUAUUGGGUGCUACUGAUUAUAAACGCAGUGCUGUAUGUUCUGCGACCAAUGGUGACCCCUGGGCGACAUUUGACUGUGGAUACAUUUAUAAUUAUUGGUCUGGAGCCGAUGUUCGAGUCUCCAAACUAUGAACUGGCUACUCUAAUGUUCAUGAUUGCUGUGUUCUUCAUUUGUUUCACCGUAGCUAACGUCAACUGCUUCCUUAUCAUGAUCACCGGUUAUACAGAGUCCCAAAUGUUAGCCUUGGCUGAGGAGAUGACUCAUAUCUGGGAUGAUGCUAAUGAGUAUUACCAGAUAAUGAUGAACGAAUUAAGCAGUUAUGGUUCAUUGUACUUAGAUCAUAAGGACUUUAAUCAUGUAAAAGAAAAAGAGGUACUUAAUGAUUAUGUGACAGAACAUUUGAAAGAUAUCAUACAAAGACAUGCUUUCAACGUGAGCCUUCUUGAAGAAAUCGAAGACGUGAUGAGGGGACCUAAUGCUGUCGGAUUCUUGUUUCUAAUCGUAGGUCUGGUAGCGGAAUUACUUGGUGGGUUAAAUAACACGAUAUUGCAACUCCCAUUCACCUUGUCUCAGAUGGGAACCGACUGCUUUUUGGGGCAGAAAAUAAUGGAUGCAAAUAUAAAAUUUGAACACGCUGUUUACGAUUGCAAAUGGGAGAAUUUCAACCAGGUGAACAAGAAGAUUGUACUGGUAAUGUUGCAGAAUUCACAGAAGACUAUGACCCUGACAGCUGGUGGGAUGGCGACCUUGAGUUUCAGUUACUUCAUGAACAUCAUCAGGUCGACGUAUUCUGUGUACACUACACUAAGAUCAAAUAUUUAG